UUUAGUCGGCUCACGCACUGAUUCCGAGAACGCGGCGUAUAUUUUACGGGAAAUUUGAAAAAUUCUAACGGUUCAUUGAGAAAUUCGUGAUGUGUUAUCGGUGAAUUGGAUACAACUCGACGCGAGAUAACUCAUGAAUGAGUGCUGCAGUUACCUCGGUGUUUUUGUGUACAACUGUGUUAUCGCGUGUUUCCAAGCCACAAUAUUAUCGUGAAAAAGUGCCAUGUGAUUUCCUACCUGCUUUGGAUUUGUUUUACAGUUUACUGCAUGUUUGUGGUUUAACCCCCCUUUUUCUCUAAUCGCAUGUUUUUGUGUUGUGAUUUAACUAUUAAUCCUUGGUUUCCAUUUGUCUUACCCAAGUAAAAGGAGACAAAAACACCAUCUUCAACCACUCAGAGUUGCAGUAUGAGAAGGUUGGCGGCAAAGAAGCCGAGAUGACUCAGAGGGAGGAUGUGCUCAAAUUCGAGCAAGGCCGAAUAAAAGCCUUGCAAGAAGAACGAUUGCACAUCCAAAAGAAGACGUUCACAAAAUGGAUGAACUCUUUCCUUCAGAAGGCUCGGAUGGAGGUGGAGGAUCUGUUUACAGAUCUGGCGGAUGGGAAGAAAUUACUUAAGCUCCUCGAGAUUAUCUCUGGUGAGAAACUCGGGAAGCCAAACAGUGGCCGAAUGCGCGUCCACAAAGUCGAGAAUGUCAACAAAAGCUUGGCUUUCCUCCACACGAAGGUUCGGCUGGAAAGUAUCGGGGCAGAGGACAUCGUGGACGCCAACCCCAGACUCAUCCUCGGCCUCAUUUGGACCAUCAUCCUCAGGUUUCAAAUCCAGGAGAUCGAAAUCGACGUGGACGAAGAAAAUGAGAGUAGUGAGAAAAAAUCUGCCAAAGAUGCAUUGCUACUGUGGUGCCAACGGAAAACUGCUGGAUAUCCAGGAGUUAAUAUCCAGGAUUUUACCAGUUCUUGGAGAACUGGGUUAGGAUUUAAUGCGUUAAUUCAUGCUCAUCGACCAGAGCUCAUCAAUUACAAUGCCUUACAACCGAACAAACAUAUUGACAACUUAAAUAAUGCAUUUGAAGUCGCAAAUUCAGAGCUAGGCAUUCCCAAACUUCUAGAUGCUGAAGAUGUUGACACCAACAGACCGGAUGAAAAAUCAAUUAUUACCUAUGUAGCUUCCUAUUACCACACUUUUGCCCGAAUGAAAAAUGAAAUGAAAAGUGGAAGGAGGAUAGCAAAUAUUGUUGGUCAGAUGAUGGACGCAGAUAGGAAAAAAUUAUUAUAUGAAAAAUUGACCACAGAUUUAUUAGAAUGGAUAAAGAAAAAAAUUUUAGAAUUAGAGAAUCGAGAUUUUCCAAACACUUUAGAAGGCAUUCAGAAAGCAUUAUUAGCAUUUAAGCAGUACCGAACUGUUGAAAAACCACCAAAGUACAAAGAGCGUAGUGAAAUAGAAGCUUUAUAUUUUCAUAUUAACACACAAUUAAAGUCCUUGAACCAACCUUCAUUCGCACCUCAAGAAGGGCAACUAAUUCACGAUCUUGAGCGAAAUUGGGAAGAACUAGAGCGGGCAGAACACAGGCGUGAAGUUGCUUUAAGGCAAGAAUUAUUACGACAAGAGAGACUAGAACAACUGAACUAUAAAUUUGAACGGAAGAGUGUACUGAGGGAGGGAUAUUUGAAAGAAAUGAUUCAAGUUCUCUCAGAUCCAAGGUAUGGAAGUAAUUUAGCUCAGGUUGAUGCAACUGUCAAGAAGCACGAAGCCAUCAGUGCUGACAUCAUGGCCAGGGAAGAACGAUUUCAUGAUUUAAGCAACAUGAGCGAGGAACUGAUCAAUGAGAAUUAUCAUGGUGCGGAAGGAGUAAAGAAGAGAAAAGCAGAAGUCCUCCAAAGGUGGCAAGAUCUGCUUGACUUUCUCCAAAAGCAUAAAGUUAAUCUUAACAUGAAGUGUACUCUUAUGAUGCUUCUAAGAGAAAUCGAUACUGUUAUGGCUACAAUCAAAGACUUAGAGCUUAACUUUCAGUCCGGAUCUGUGGGUCCUCAUUUACUAGCUGUUGAAGACCUCCUCCAGAAACACAGUCUACUAGAAAUGCAGAUGACUGCAAUGGAUGAAACUGUCAGGAGACUUGGCCGGCAAGCAGUUCAGCACAUAUCUGCCGGUCACAAGGAAGCUCCUAUUUUGGAAACCAGAAUAACCCAAUUGAAUACUGUCUAUGAAAAAUUAAUUGAAAAUGGUAAAGAAAGGAGAUCUCGGCUAGAAGAUGCAAGAAACUUUUUCCAGUUUGUCCAAGACCAUGAAGAUGAAGAAGGCUGGUUGAUAGAAAAGCAGAGAAUUUGUAAAGCUGGAAUCUCGGCGAAAGACCUCAGAGCAGUUUUAAGUCUGCAACAAAAACACAAGGUUUUAAUUGAUGAAAUGAAAGUCAGGCAUCCAAAGUCAAUCCAACUGUGCGACAGUGGUUGUAGAUUAAUUGCAGACAAGCAUCCUAAAAGUAUAGAAAUAAACGCACGGAUCAAUAGUCUGACUGAACACUGGCAGACUUUGGAUUUACUGGCAGAUCAACGGAAGAAACAACUUGAAGAUGCGUCAGAGGCCUACCAGUUCUAUACAGAUGCCAAUGAAGCAGAAUCAUGGUUGAACGAGAAAUUAGCCCUGGUGGGCUCGACUGAUUAUGGUGAAGAUGAACCAAGUGCACAAGCUCUAUUAGCUCGGCACAGAGACCUGCAAGGAGAAGUAAAAGCCUAUGAAGGUGAUAUCCAGAGCCUGAACCUGCAAGCGAAAAAACUAGUCAGUGCAGGAAUUUCAAAUUUACAGCUCUCAGCUGACCCAGAACAAGUCGUUGAAAUAGAGCCAAGGGAAGAAUGGGUCAACGAAACAAGACUAAUUCCGCAAGAAGUGUGGGAGGAAGAACCUGUCGAACGAUUAGAGCAUCGAACGGUCAUGGAAGAAAGGCAUGUUCCCCAAGUGAAAAGUCUGUACGAUUUCUCAGGACACGGCAUGCUCAUGGCUAAAGGAGAGAUCAUGUUUCUACUUAGUAAAACAAACCCAGAUUGGUGGAGUGUUCGGAAAGCCAACGGUCAAGAUGGUUUUGUUCCUGCCAAUUAUGUUCGAGAAAUAGAACCGAAAAUAAUGCAGGUAGCUAUAAGGAGGCCUGAAAAAGUUCGAAUGAUUCAACGAGUCAAGAAAACCAAGAUGAUCAAACAAAUUGUACCUGUCAAGAAAAUUGUUACGCCUAAACUUAAUUCUAAGUCACCCACCAAAAAACAAGAACAAAAACAUGAUGAAAAUCAAAAUGUUGAAAAACGUCAAAAAAAGAUCAACGAGACAUAUUCUCAGCUACUGAACUUAUCUCAGAGGAGACAUGCAUUGCUGGAAGAUUCAAUUCAUCUAUUCGGUUUCUAUCGUGAAUGUGAUGACUUUGAAAAAUGGAUCAAAGAUAAGGAGAAGAUGCUCCGCACUGAAGAUAAGACAGAUUCUGUUGAAACAGCCAAGCGGAAGUACGAGAAAUUCUUAACUGACCUUUCUGCAAGUAGUAAACGAAUAGAAGCACUAGAUACUGCUGUAGAAACUUUCAAAAAACAAGGCCACAGCCAAUUGGACAAAGUCAGAGCUCGCCAACGCCAUAUUCAUCAAUUAUGGGACCAUCUCAAUUGGUUGAAGGGUCAAAAAGAAAAGAGCCUUGAAGGAGCCUCUAGUGUUGAACUAUUCCACCGAACUUGCGAUGAAGCUUGUGACUGGAUGACUGAAAAAAUGACUCAGCUAGAUACCGCAGAAAUAGGAUCUGACUUAAAGACUGUCCACGCUCUGCAAAGGAGGCACCAUCAACUUGAACGAGAAUUAGCUCCUCUAGAAGAGAAAGUGAACAGGGUUCAUUUGUUAGCCAAUUCGGUCAAAGAAGCAUAUCCUACUGAAAAAGCAAAUGUUAAAGGGCGCCAGAAGCAAAUUCAAGAAAUGUGGGAUAAAGUGAAGACAAAAGCUGUUGAGAGGCGUGCCAGGCUAGAAAAUGCUGUCGGACAACAAAUCUUCAGGAACAGCGCGAAAAACUUGUUAAAUUGGGUGUCGGAUGUAAAAGAUGCCUUGAAAACCGAAGAACCAGCAAGAGACGUUGUAUCUGCCGAAAAUCUACUGAAACAGCACUUAGAACUUGGCGACGACAUAAAAGCACACCAAGAUGAAUUCCAUGAAGUAACAGAUCUUGGUAGCCAUAUUUUGAAGAGUAAUCCUAAUCUAACAGAGGUCAAAGAACGGUUGGCGCUGUUGAAUGCAGAACAAAAUGCAGUUUUACAAGGCUGGAAAGAGAAAGAAAAUUGGCUUCGACAAUGUUUGAAUCUUCAACUAUUAAACAAAGAAGCUGACCAUAUUGAUACAAUUACUUCUAGUCAUGAAGCUUUCCUUGAAUUCACAGAUCUUGGGGGCUCAAUUGAUGACGUUGAAGCUCUUCUGAAACGUCAUGAAGACUUUGAAAACACGCUUUAUGCACAAGACGAAAGACUGAAGGCUUUCAGCGAUCUUGCUGAUAAAUUCAUAGCAGCUGGUCAUAAUGAUAAAGCGAUUGAUGAAAGACGUAAUGCUGUUCUAAAGCGAAGACAAGCAGUGAAGCAGUUGGCUGCUACGCGUAGAGCAGCGCUUAUUGCCUCUCGUAGCUUCCAAGAAUUCAGCGCCGAUGUUAGCGAUCUGAAAGUCUGGCUGGCUGAGAAGCUGAAAACAGCUGCAGAUGAAUCAUACAGAGACCUGGCUAAUAUUGAAAGAAAAUUACAGAAACAUGAAGCUUUUGAGAGAGAACUGAGAGCCAAUGAGGGACAACUGCACUCAGUCAACAAGGCUGGUAAAGCACUAAUAGCCAGUGAUAACUACCGGAAAGAAGAAGUCGGAAAGAUGUUAUCCGACUUGAACAAAACAUGGGAGAAACUGGUUGAAGUUUGUGUUGAGAAAGGAAGAAGACUACGACAAGCAUCUGCCCAACAUACCUACAACCGCACUUUAGAUGAUGCCCGACUUAAACUAGAAGAAAUUGAAACGUCCCUACAGUCUAACCAAGUUGGAUCUGAUUUGCGACAUUGUAAGCAACUAAUCAAAAAACACCAGGUUUUGGAAAGUGACAUUCAAAAUUGGAAGCAAAAAAUUGGAGAUUUUGUUACGCUUGGUCUGGAGAUGGCCCAAGAAGGACAUUUUGAUGCUGAUAAUAUUUUAAAAGCCAGUAAAGAAUGCCAAGAAAAGUUUAGUUCAUUACAGGAGCCUGCUCGACAGCGGCGUGAAGCUUUAGAAGAAUCACUGAGAUUCCAUAAAUUUGGUUUUGAACUAGAGACGGAACUGGGUUGGAUUAGAGAGCAUCUACCUUUGGCUGCCUCUGAGACGCUCGGUCAAAAUCUUCAUCAGGCCCAGUCAUUACACAAGAAACACCGCAAAUUAGAAGCAGAAAUCCAAGGACAUCAGCCAAUGAUUGACAAAACAUUAGCAUCUGGUCAAGCGUUAAUUCAUCAAAAACACCCCGAAACCAAACAGGUUACAUCCCUCUGCACCGGCUUAGAGGAUGCUUGGCAAGAUCUCAAAUUGAAAGCAGCAGAACGAAGUCGCAAGCUGGAACUCUCCUUGAAAGCGCAGCAAUUUUUCUUUGAGGCAAGUGAAGUUGAAAGCUGGCUUGCAGAAAAGAAUGAUCUGCUAAACUCAACUGAUUAUGGUCGAGAUAGGGAUGCUGCCUCCAAAUUAUUGACAAAACACAAGGCGCUGGAGUUGGAAUUAGAUACCUACAGCAGUAUUGUCACAGAAAUGGGACAUGCUGCAUCUGCGAUGGUAAAUAGCAAACAUCCAGAUUGGAAAGCAAUAUCAAGCAAACAACAAGCCAUCAGCCAACAAAUUAAGACUUUACAAAAGUUAGCAACCGCCAGACAACAACGACUGAUGGAAAGCAUGUGCCGGCAUGAAUACCUGAUGGAAAGUAGCGAGUUAGAAGAAUGGAUCAAAGAAAAUAUGCAGGCUGCUGCCACCGAUGAUUAUGGAACUGACUAUGAACAUCUUCUGAUCCUUCAAAAUAAAUUUGAUGACCUGAAACAUAAAGUAGAAGCUGGCUCUGAAAGAUUCACUCAGUGUGAAGAACUUGCAAAGAAACUAAUUGCAAAUGAGAGUCCUUACAUUGCAGAUAUUGAAAAACGACAAGAACAACUUCGUGAGUCUUGGCAACAGCUGUUGAAUAUAUUAGACAAUAGAGAGCAGCGGUUGAAUGCUGCGGGAGAAAUUCACAGAUUCCAUCGGGAUGUCGCAGAAGCACUCUCUCGAAUCAAUGACAAAGAUGCCAUGCUCUCUGACGAUCUUGGACGCAACUUGAACUCUGUCCUGACAUUAAUCAGGAAACAUGAAGGGUUCGAGAAUGAUUUGGUUGCCCUAGAAGCACAAUUACAGGUAUUAGUCGAAGAUGCAGUAAAACUUCAGGCGCUCUAUCCAGGUAACAAUGCCUCACAUAUUGCUGAAAAGCAAAAUCUAGUCAUUGCACAGUGGGGCAAGUUACAGGAGCGUUCAGCUCAUCGACGAGAGGCACUCCAAGCCAGCUGUGAUCUUCACCGCUUUUUAGCCCAGGUUCGAGAUCUAAUGAAUUGGGUAUCAGAAUUAAGAACAGCCAUGAUGACACAAGAGAAAGUUCGCGACGCUGCAAGUGCUCAGAGCUUGAAAGCUGAACAUGAUGCCAUCAAAGCAGAAAUUGAAGCUAGAGAAGAAAGUUUUCAGACUGUCAUGGAAUUGGGAGAAGCUCUCGUGCAAGGCGGUCACUAUGCAGCCAAUGAAAUCCAAGAAAAAUUCGGACAGUUAUUGGAAGAAAGGCAAAAUCUUCACACAGCAUGGCAGCAUAAAAAAGUUCAUCUGGAUCAACUGAUAGAUCUCCACUUUUUCUUGCGUGAUGCCAAGCAAAUUGAUACACUCUGUGCUGCUCAAGAAGUGGCUCUUUCUAAUCCUGAUUUUGGUGACUCAGUCGAUGAGGUUUCCAUCCUUGUCAAGAAGCAUGAUGCAUUUGAAAAAUUGCUUGCUACCCAGGAGGAAAAAGUAAUAGCAUUACAAGAACACAGUGAGAAAUUGCUCGCUCAAAAUCACUUCGAAAGUAGCAUCAUUGCAAGGCGACUCGCAGAGGUCUUGAAGAGAAGAGCAAAAGUAAAACAGCUUUGUGAACUUCGUAGAUUACUGCUUGAUGAUGCCUUGCUGUAUGCGCAGUUUGUCAGAGACGUUGGCGAAGCCGAGUCUUGGAUUGGGGAGAAAGAGAAAAAGCUGGAAGUUGAAGCCAGCCAAGGAGAAGUUAGUUCUUUAGAAGAUAAGAUUAAGAAAUUGCAGAAACAUCAAGCAUUCCAAGCAGAACUCUCUGCUAACCAAGGAAGAAUUACAACCAUUAAGGAAAAAGGUGAAACAUUAUUGGCUAAGAAACACAAAGCAUCACACGAAAUUAGAGCCCAGUUAGAGCAGCUGUUAACAUCAUGGCGUAAUUUACUACAAGCCUCUAACAAUCGAGGUCAAGGAUUAGAAGAAGCUCAAGAUAUUCUAGAGUUCAAUAAUCAAGUUGAUAAAAUUGAAGCUUGGAUUCGAGACAAGGAAAUGAUGGUUCAAGCUGGAGAAAUGGGUAGAGACUACGAGCAUUGCCUUGCUCUGCAACGCAAGCUGGAUGACGUAGACAGCGACAUGCGAGUUGAUGAUUCUCGAAUCAGGCAAAUUAAUUCGCUCGCUGACAAACUAAUUCGACAAGGGCGAAGCGAUACCCGAUCCGUUCAGCAGAGAAGGGAAAACUUCAACUGCAAAUGGCGAGCAUUACAAGGAGCUCUAACUGAAUACAGAGAACAUUUAGCAGGAGCACUGGAAAUUCACGCUUUCAACAGAGAUGUUGAUGAUACGUCACAGCGAGUCGCAGAAAAAGCUGUAGCCAUGGGAACAGAGGACACAGGCCGUGAUCUAGCAGCUGUUCAACAGUUACAAAGAAAACAAGAUGCUUUAGAACGAGAUAUGACGGCCAUCGAAGGAAAAAUUAAGGAGCAUGAUGUAGAAUGCCGACGACUAGUCCAAAAGUAUCCAGACAUGAGUGGACCUAUUCGUGCUAAAUUGACUGAACUACAGGACAAAUGGAGAAGCCUCCAGUCCUUAUCCCAUACAAGGAGAGAAAAAUUAAGCCUAGCCUUCACGAAUCAUAAAUUCUCAGCUGACUUGCGUGAGCUGGAGCUUUGGGUUGCUGACACUAUCAAGAGGAUAGACGCUUGUGACCUUCCAAACAAUAUCGCUGAGGCGAAAGCAAUGUUGGAGCUUCAUCAUGAAAGAAAGGCGGAAAUAGAUGGAAGGCAAGAAACUUUUAAGGCAUUGAAAGAGUUUGGUCUUCAACUAACGCCAGCCAGAGAAGAAGACUUAGCUCAUCUUGAAGAAAUCAGAAGAACAAUUGGUGCUGCAUGGGAAGAACGAAAACAGAAGCUAAAUCAAGCACUGCAGUCUCAAAUUUUCAAGGAACAGGCUGAUCAAGCUGAAAAUUGGCUUGCCUCUAAAGAAGCAUUUUUGAACAAUGAGGACCUCGGAGACUCUUUGUCUGGGGUGGAAGCUCUCCUUCGGAAACACGAGGCUUUUGAAAAGACGAUAGCAGCUCAACUGAGCCGUCUUGAAGAUUUAGAGAAAUUCGCUGUGGAAAUUAUGGCGGAUCAUCACUAUGACAGUGGAGGAAUUCAGGCCAGGUUGCAGUCGGUUUGCGCCCGAAGAGAUCGCUUGAAAGAAGCCGCUGCUGCAAGAAGAAGACGCCUCCAAGAAUCAAGACAGCUUCAGCAAUUUCUCAGAAAUAUGUAUGAGGUUGAAGGAUGGUUAUUGCAAAAGCAGCAGAUUGCUUGUGAUGAAAACUACAGAGACCCAACAAACCUGCAAAGCAAAAUCCAAAAACACGCUGCCUUUGAAUCAGAGCUGGCAGCCAAUCGUGGUAGAGUGAACAAUGUUACCACUGAAGGAGAGUCUCUGAUAGCUGCUGGACACUUCGCAGGAAUGGAAAUCCAAGCUAGGCUGGACGAACUUGAGGCUGAAUGGAGGCAACUUCAAGAGGCUAGUGCCCUGAAAAGAGAGCGGCUUAAUGAUGCGUACCAGGCUCUACUAUUCAGCCGAACUUUGGAAGAACUUGAAAAUUGGAUCGAUGAAGUAGAGAGCCAACUACAAUCAGAAGAUCAUGGAAAAGACUUGUCCAGCGUUGCCCAUCUGUUGAAACGGCACACAGUUUUGGAAACUGACAUUCACAGUCAUAGUGAACAAUGUGAAACUUUGAAGGACACUGCUGCAAUUUUCCAACGUUCAAAUCAUUUCAUGAAGGAUGAAAUUCAAGAACGAGCGCUCAACGUUAUAAAAAGGUAUCGCUCCUUGCAAGAACCAAUGCAAAUCCGUAGAGAUAAUCUAGAAGAUGCUUUAUUACUGUAUCAGUUUUUGCGAGAUGCUGAUGAUGAAAUGCAAUGGUUGGAUGAAAAGGAGCCCCUAGCUGCAUCAUCCGACUUAGGAAAUAGUUUGAACGCUGUACAGAGUCUGCAGAAGAAACAUCAGGCCUUGGAAGCAGAGAUAGUCUCCAGAGAGCCUGUGGUUUCAGCAUUAUCUAGUCGGGCCCAGCAAAUGAUUCGAAGUGGUCAUUUUGCGUCUUCUCGUAUCAAAACAGCAUCUAGCAACCUCCAAGAGAAAUUGUCCCAUCUCAGAGAUAUUGCAAGUGUCAGAAGGCUAAGGCUGCUUGAUGCUCUCGAAUCACAAAUGUUCUAUGCUGAAGCAAGUGAAGCAGAAGCAUGGCUCCGUGAGAAACAUCCUAUCUUAACAUCCAACGACUUUGGAAAGGAUGAGGAUUCGGUUCUGUCUCUUUUGAAAAAAUUAGAGGGAGUCGAAAGAGAGCUUGGUGCUUUCCAGCAUACGGUUGGCCGCUUAGCCAAAUUAGAAAAAGGCCUCGUUGAUCGUGGUCAUUUUGAUAGCAAAAAUAUUGAAAAGAAACAAGUUGAAAUCGAAAAUCAGCUGAAAGAGCUUCAAAAACUUGCUGAACAUCGUGAAACUCGCUUGAUUGAGAGCAAAAAGUUGUACAGAUUCUUACGAGAAGCGGAAGAGGUCGCAGAAUGGAUGAAUGACCAAACUGCUGUCGCUGCAUCCGAAGAUUAUGGCCGGGAUGUUGAACAUGUAGAAUUGCUUAUUCAAACUUUUGAUAGUUUCCUCAGCAGCUUGAGCGGCAACGAAUCACGAGUCUCCAGUUGCAUAGUUCAAGGUCGUAACCUAAUCGCUGAAGGAAGCCCUGAGUCUCAGCGUAUUCAGACGAAAUUAGAUGAGACUCAACAGCUGUGGGAUGAUUUGAAGGAGUUGGCACAUGCACGGCAAGAGGCCCUUGCAGGUGCUAAGCAAGUCCACGUGUUCGAUAGAACAGCUGACGAAACAAUAUCCUGGAUUCUAGAAAAGGAUGCUGCUCUCUCUGCAGAAGAUUAUGGCCAUGAUUUGGAAACCAUCCAAGCUCUUGUCAGGAAACAUGAAGGGUUCGAGGCGGACUUGGCAGCUGUCAAAGAACAAGUCGAAGCAGUUGUAAGUGAGGCACGACGACUGGCAGAACUUUUCCCUGAUGCGCAAGAUCACAUAGAAGUCAAGCACGAAGAAACUGUUGAGGCUUGGAGUUCUUUGUUGGAGAGAGCUGGACAGAGGAAGGACAAAUUGCAGCAAGCAGAGCAACUUCAAGCAUAUUUUGAUCAGUACAGAGAUCUAAUGGCAUGGAUAAAUGAAAUGAUUGCCAUAGUCACAGCUCCAGAAUUAGCUCAGGAUGUAGCUGGUGCAGAAUUAUUGCUCUCUAGACACGCAGAGCAUAGAGUUGAGAUAGGCAGCAGAUCAGACGCUUUGCUUGCGUUUUAUAAGACUGGAAAUACACUGAUUUCUCAGGGUCACUUUUUGGCUGGAGAAAUUCAAGAGAAAAUCAAAAUUUUAGAACAAAGAAAUGAACUAUUACUGGACACAUGGAAUCAAAGAAGAAUAAUUUAUGAACAAAACUUAGAUACACAGCUUUUCAAAAGAGACGCGGACCAACUGGAAAGUUGGAUUCUCUCGCGUGAAGCACUUCUCAAUGAUUUCAAGCUUGGAGAUUCAAUCGCGCAAGUAGAAGAAUUAAUCAGGAAACACGAAGAUUUUGAGAAAACGAUCCAAGCUCAGGAAGACAAAUUUAGUGCACUAAAACGCAUCACUUUGUUGGAAACAGCAUUUGCAAAACAAAAAGAAGCAGAGAUGGCUGCCAGGCUGGCUGAGAGGGAUCGAGUUGAGAAAGAGAAACUGGAAGCUAGGAAACGGAAAGAAGUCCAACGUAUCACAGAUGAAAGACGCAAAGAAGAUGGAAGGAGAAGAAUUAAUGAAAAUGAUGAGGACCAUCACGAUAAAAAUAGUCCUCAGCAUGUGGGUGUAGCAUCAGCUUUACUGACAACUAAGCCGGAAGAACCAUUGCAUGCAUCAGAUGCCUCUGAAGAUACAGCGCAUAACGCAGACGUUGUUGUUACGCCUUCAAAUGAUAACCAUGAAAGUGAAGCAACCACUGAAGAAACAAAUGACUCAUCAGCAAUGACAUCCUCUAGGCUCCAAGUUCCUGAUGCUCCUGGUCUUCUUCAGAAAGCUGGCAGUAUUUCCUCCUUAUUCGGUGAUCGACGAAAAGAUAUCAAACGUGCUGAAAGUAUGAAAGCAGAUCUAACAAAAAAACCAAAAAGAACGCCCAGUUUUACAACCAGGCGUAGAACGCAGAGCUUUAGGAAACUGCAAAAGCUCGAGCACCUUGAUCAACUACCACCUGUCGAGAUUCAGGGUAUCCUUGACAGGAAGCAUGAGCUUCAAAGUGGCGGCAAGAAAGCUGCAGUCAGGUCAUGGAAAACAUUGUACACUGUCCUAUGCGGUCAGCUAUUAUGCUUCUUCAAGGACCAAGAUGACUUUGUCGCAAGCAAAGCAGCUACUUCGCCCAUCAUCAUCUUCAAAGCUCGCUGUGAAAAAGCGGAAGAUUAUACAAAGAGGAAACAUGUGUUUCGGUUACACUGCACCGAUGGCUCGGAAUUCCUCUUCUUGGCUUCAAAUGAGCAGGAAAUGGAAGAUUGGGUGAACAAAAUAAGCUUUCAUGCUCAACUUCCUCCGAGUUUGCAGCUGCUUAGUUACGAUGACUCACAGAAAAAUUCACCUAGUGUUGAUAGACUUCCGACCUUGGUAGGAGGAGAUGUGAGUUCAAGCUCAAGUCGUGGCUCGUCUCCUGAAAUCCAACGAAGACGAAGUCUGAAACAAAGUAACUCAACAGGUCCUCCAAUACCUCCGCGAACCGCACCCCCACCUGUUCCUGUCCGAACUCCAUCGGUAGAUUCAAACUCAGUACCUUUGAGGCACAGGCAUUCAAUAGAUGCAGUCGAUGGAAAUCAAAUGCGGCAAUCUUACAGUAAUCGCAACAAUCAUCAUCAAAAUGGAGGUGUUCAAGAGUACAGGAACUCGUAUGAUCUUUCCUCACCACCUCCACCUUUACCAGCUACAGCACCUCCAACAAGAGGCGCUCAAAGAGAUCCAUGGCCAAAUGACAUCAACUCAUCUUAUCGACAUGGCACUAUUUAUGGAAAUCUAGCACCUGCUGUACGACCGCAACCCCUUGGAAUACCAACCCAGCCUCAGGGAAGAGCCUCCACUCUACCGCCUUACAUCAAUGCACCACCAGCCAACAUGUACCAGCAAGUCAACAAUGAUAAUAACCAAUACAGGCCCAGUGAAAGCUCUAGUGAAAGUGAACAACAAGGACCAAUAGUGCGCAAAGAUAAACGAUCAAAUGUAUUAGCUUCCUUAUUCAAGAAGAAACGAGCCACUCACCUCUAAAUUGUCUCGUCUCAAACAUUUUUUAUGAUGCCAUUGAAACUGUUUUUCAAAGUGGUUCCUGCGAACUUGUUAUUUUAUAUCAUUAGCACUGAUCACCGUUGAUUUGUUUUUUAUAGAUACUAAGUAAUGUUUAUUAUAUUAUCCCAUGUUAAUUUCAAUAGCGAUGAACGCAAAGGAACUAACGUAGAGAGGUGAAGUAUCUGUCAUGGCCAGAAAUAGUUCUGCAUGUAUGUCAUCUCUUGCUUGAAGCGCAGAUCGAGCAGAGUGUAAUGACCUAAUUUUUCAUAAAGAGAGACUAUCCUACUUUAAGUCCCCAAUACUUGCCUCCAUUUCUGUUGCUCUCCUCAAAGUAAUGUUCAACACAUCAUUAUUUGACCCAUCAGUAAUUGGAACUGUGCCACUGAUGAGCUUUUUCUUUUCAGUUUUUGAGCAAAAGUCCCCACUCUCAAUCUUAUGUCUUCCUGACAAUGUGCAAAUUAAUUCCGUUUAUUCAUAGUUUAUGUCAUGAGGUUCGAUUGGGGGAAAAGGAAUCUUCAACGAGGUGCCUUGAGCCCACUUUUUGCAAAUGUAUUUCUUCAGUGCUUAAUUUGUUUAAGAUUUACCCUUUAUUUUGAAUGAUUACUUUUUUUCUUUAUUUUUAUUGAUGUCAUUAACACCCAAAACGAACAAUUUCUGCCAACGGAGGUAGUGCCUGUUUAUUCUCCAAAAAAAAAUAGUGUCCAUAUUGGUGUCUUCGAAUUGUUUUUGCCAUCUAUUUAAAUGUCUUUUAGUCAUGGACUGAGUCCCUGUAUCCAUUAAAUUGGUCAUCACAAAAGCAUGUCAUCUACCCUUAAAACUGAAAAUAUUUUGUUCUCCUAUGCUUUAAAAGAAUAAGUUCUCUCUCCAAUACAAUAUGUAUUCCCUGCCGGAAAUUAUUUGGAUUGCCCUCUUUACAUUUUAAAUGGUAGCGUUAAGAAGUCUGGUGUUUAGUAUUUACAUAACUAAAGAUGGAUUUCAUGAUUACUUACAUCUUUGCAUCUUUUGCAUUGCUAAUUAGAUUACAUGUUUUUCAAAUGACUGCUAAAAAUUAUUCCUUUUUUGCAACAAACAAAAAAAAAAAAAAAAAAAUCCUUCUAAGUAGUUAGGAAAAAAGUUAAUCUCAAGUUGCCAUAUUUUUAUUUUUUUUUUUUUCAUAUUUUCUUGACACCUUAAAAAUGUUAAUAACAAAUCAAGUUUUGACUUUCACCCAAUUAAUUAAAUUCAUCACAUAUUAAAAUACUGAAAAUUUUUUGACCUAAGUGCUUAAAUGUGCCUAUCUACAGUUUAUUUUUGCUUUUUUUAUUGUUCUUUUUCUCUUUUUACUUGAAGAACUAAUGAGAAAAGAUGUUAAGAAAAUGUGCCUUCCAUAGAUAUGAUCAAAAUAUCUAUUUUCAGCCUCUUAAUGUUUUAAGGUAUGAUCUAAGUGCCUUCAUGGAAAGUUAAAGAAGUUGACUUAUUAAAAGUUUACCCAUCAUGCAGAAUAUGCUCGUCUUAAAAGUUCAUAUGAAUAUAUUUAGUAACUGCAAGUACUUGUUACCCUUUUUUCCCUUCUUCGUUUUUGUAUAUUUCCUAAUAACCUAUUUAGUGAGCUCUUUUUGCCUCCCAGUGAAAAGGACGAAUGGAUUUCGUGAUGGGAGAAAUUUUCUUUAAAUUUCAAAGCACAUGUGUGUAAUUUGCUCACUGCUCUACUUCAAGAAGUACAGAUGUACUACUUACUUAUUUAUUUUAAUGUUGUUUCCAUGUUAUCUGUCGAGUUUUUAUGAAUUGUUCUCUUAGUUGUUAGUCGCCUUUUCCUCAUUUUUUUCUUUCGGAAAUUUACGUAUUGUUGUUCCUCUGACAUAAGGGUGUAUCUCAAUUUCUACAAGAGCCCUGUUCUUCAUAUAACUCCAUGCUCUUCAGGGCUCAUUAGGAAAAAGGGAUACGCCCUUACGCCAGAGGCAGAGGUAUGAAGGAAAAAGUUUUAUGUGUAUAAAUAAAUUAUUUAAAAUUAUGAUGAUUGUUGUAAUAUGUAAAUUAGUAUUUUGAUGUGUUAAUAAAUUUUAUUUUUAAUUUUAUGAAUUGUUAUUGUGUUGAGUCUUGCCAAAGGGUAAAUAAUCAUGUACUUUAAAUAUGCUCAACUAUUGAGUGGAAUUGGUUGUUUGUACAAAUCCGUAUUUUUGUCUAUUGAUUUUUGAUUUUUCUUUCUUUUUUUUAACUGGAACGUUCUGAUCUAUUAGAUGAGCUUGUAGAUAAAGAUCACUGAGAGAAUUAUGUAUUUAUAUAAUUAGUUUUAAAAAAAGAUAGAUUUUGCUACAUUUUAUGUCAAAUUCAUGCAAUGUCAGAAUUGCUGCUCUCAUAAAACUUUGCAUGAAACACUUCUCAUUCACCUUGUUUGAGUUCUUAAAAUUUAUGAUUUUGUCAAUUCUUAGUAUUGUGAAGGUGAAGUGUAAUUUAUUCACUCUUGAUAAUUUAAUAAACAAAAUGAGUUAUUGAAAAUAA